GCGGGAUUCUAGUUUUGGUGUGUAUUUGAAUUGCAGUCUUCAGUCUUCAGUAAUGAGGAUAUGAAGGUCCAGCUUUUCCUUGAAAGUAUUCACUGAUGGGGCUGAUACCACUUGUUCGGGUCUUUUAAUUAUACCUUAGCAAUGAUCGCACAUUGGAUGCCAUGUAAAAUCGAAGCAAACGGGAUGAAAGCGAAUUCCGAACUUCAAUGUCUAGAAACUUUAAACAAUGAAUCUGGUGCAUUAAGUAAUCAUGUACUAGUUUCAAAUUUCCGCGGUAGACCAUUACGAGGAGUUCAACUCAGUUUCCCUGACAGUUACUCACCAGUGGUUGUUCACCACAGUGGUAUCGUGUCAGACGUUGGAACAGAACCAAUAAAAUUUGGGGCUAAGCUCGAUAAAAUAUUCCUAUGGAAUUUGUCUACGCCACCAAGUUUCUCAGAUUCUAUACCAUUAUCUCUCACUUGGCUUCAUUUGGCUAGCAUUUUGCAUUCAAGCUCCUAAUAUUCGCUAGUACAUAUUGUUCACACAUUUUGUAUAUCUUGUUAUGAUGACGGUUAAUGUUUUACAUAUCUGUACAACUAAACGAAUGAUGAUCAUACAAGUAUUUUCAUAACUGAUUUCUUGACUUCUUCAUGAAGCCAACCAUUUUUUUGAGUAGCCUUUUAUUUAAUUCAUGACUAAGCAUCAUGUCGUGAUAUUAUAUAAAUGUUAGAAAAAAGUCAGUAUCCACAAAUAUAAAUUCAAAGGACAUUAAGUGUUGAAUAUGCUAACAUAGAACAAUAUCUAAUUUUUUCUUGCGUCAUGUAUAUGUGAUGCGUUGUUGAGGUAUUAUUGUAUUCCCA